AUUCCUCUUUCUCUUUUUCUCUCUCUCUUCCCCACACGUACCUCACCAGUUUAACGCCUCACAAUCGCAAACCAGAGGCUACAGGGGAGCCGCGCCGUGCCGUGUCGUGUCGUGUUGUGUCGUGUCGAGCCGUGCUGGAAUAAACGACAGGAGGGACAUUGUUGCAAACAAAUGAGUAACAGUGCAUCAUUUGUUCGACUCUUCGUGGGGCUCAUUCUCACUGUGACAGGUGCACAUUCCUCCUGUCCUGUUGAGUUGAGCCCCUCCAGAGUCGCGGUGAGAUAUGGAGACUCUGUGUCAGUGAACUGCAGCACAUCAGAGACCCACUCCGAUGGGAUCGGAUGGGAGGCUCCACUAGGUGGCAGAAACUCAGAGAAGGUCAACCAUCUGACCUGGACUGUGAAGAACCUCACGCUCUGGGACAUCUCACCGUACUGCUUCAUAGCCCCAUCACAACAUUCAACAUUCAAUAUGUGCUUCAAGUCAGCAGAGGUUGUCCUUUAUUCAUUCCCAGAAAACAUCGACAUUCUCACUAAUCAUUCAGCUGAUUCGAUGGAAGAAAACAAGGAGUACGGCUUCACAUGUGUCAUUAAGGAUGUAGCGCCGGCUAACAGUGUCACUGUCAGAUGGUACAAAGGAGAUACACUGACCUCUGAAGAGACUUUUGAUGUGCCACAAAAGGGACCAGCGAACCUGUCGUCUGUCUACAAACUUAACUCAACAAGACGAGACAACGGAGUCUCAGUCAGAUGUGAGGCACAUAUGGACCUGGGGCCAGAAGGACCAAAACUGAAUGCAUCAUCACAAGAGAUAAAGAUCACAGUUUUCUAUGGACCAGACCUUUUUUGCUCUGUUCUCAACACAGUGGAAGGGGACACAUUUGACCUUUGUAAUGCGACUGGAAACCCAACCCCCACACUCACAUGGUGGAAAGAUGGACACCCGAAAAACAUGAGUGUCCCUUUGAGCAGGGAGGACACAGGACAGCUUGUUGUCAAAGCUAUGGGCUUUACAUCAGUGACAGAGGAAAUCCAGAUAUCGGUGCAGUAUGGACCAGAGUUAACUUGUCCCGUCACUUACACUGCAAUCGAGAACACUUUUGACAAACCGAACUGCACUGCUGUUGGCUUUCCUAUUCCGAUAAUGCAGUGGUUCAAAGAUGGAGAGGAGGUGGUACUUCCACCGACCCUGACAAGAAAUGACGCUGGGCAGUACACGGUCAUCGCUAGUUCCUCUUCACUUGUCAACGCCACAGUGGAUAUUAUCAUCCAAUACGCACCGUCACAGAUACUUGAGCUCGAAGACUCUGAAGUGGAGAUUGGCUUAAAUGUGUCGCUAAAAUGCUCUUCCAUGGGAAACCCACGAUCAAAUUACACCUGGAUUUAUUUCGAGGUGGCCAAUGUGAUGGAGGAAAAUGUUGACGGGGUGUCCCUCCUGCACAUCCACAAUGCUACCGCAAGCAACAUGGGCGACUACAUAUGUAAGGCGUGGAAUGAGAGAGGAGCUGUGACUAAAACAGUCAAAGUCACAGUAAAAGGUGCCGGGCAAGAAUGUCCCAUUGAAAUAACUCCACAAAGGAUGGUAAUACCUUACAAAGGAAGGAGCGAGACUGCAGUGUGCAAACCGACGCCCAUUGGUGCCAAUAAUGGCGCAGACAUAAAGUGGCAGGACGUGCGGGGCCAAAUAUUUGCUAAAGAAUGGCGUGCUGACACCAAUGUUGACUGGGACCCAAGGCCCGCCUGUACUGCAAAAUUUCGGGGAUUACCACCUUGCAAAAAAGAUUUAAGCUUCACUCUCUACAAAACCCCAGACAGCGUCUCCAUCCUUCCUGUGCAUAACUUGAGCUCACUGGUUGAGGGCGAGGAGCUCCAGCUGCGGUGUGACGUAAUCAGAGUUGCUCCUGCACAGAAUGUCACUGUGCGCUGGUAUCAUGGGAACGACACCGUGGAACCUCUUAUCAAAGGUUCAAUGCGGCUGAUGGACUGUGUCCCAAAGAACGGCACAAACUGCGACAUUGGCGAGCUCAGACAUCCGCUCAGCGUGUCGUCAACCAUCAGCGUGAGGCUGGACAGAAAGCACAACAGAGCAGAGUUCAGAUGUGAGGCUCUCCUGGACCUGGGACAUAACGGAUUGAAGCUCUCUCCAGAAGUGUCCAAUCCUGUCAACGUCACUGUCCACUAUAAGCCCGUCAUCAACACCACAAAGCUUCCAAACACAGUGCCAGUGAUCACGGGUUAUCACGAGGAGCUGGUGUGUGAAGCCGAGGGUCACCCUCCUCCAAAGAUCCAGUGGCUCUACAGCCCGGACAAAGCGCCUCGCAUGUCCAACGGCAUGCUUCUCGUGACUGAGGCAGGCUUUUACACCUGCAACGCCACCAACGAGGUCGACUCCGCCUUCCACGUGGUCGAAGUGAUUCUAAAGGUGGACCACCUGCCGCUCAUAGCUGGAUUCGUGGCCAUCGCAGUCAUCGCCAUCUCCAUCAUCUUCGUCUUCAUUUUCUCCAUCUACUACAAGAACACCAGGAUGCGGCACUACAACCUUAAAAACCCCAAACUCAGCACACACAAUGGUAACGUGGCUCACAAUGGCUGGGACACACAGUUACCUAUGACGAAACUCGUAAUAGCGAGUACAGGAACGUUUGUGAGUGCCGAUGAGAUGUGUCAGCUCCACCUGAGCCCUCCUCGGGUCGUCGUGGCGUACGGAGACUCGAUCUCCGCCAACUGCAGCUCGUCGUCCAACCAGUCGAAGGGAAUAGGCUGGGAGUCUCCACUCGGCGGCAUAGGAUUCCAGCAAGGCUUCUCGUUCCUUGCGCUAAAAAUCGACAAAGUCAGCCAGUGGUCGUUUGACGCCAUGUGCUACAUCAACCACUUCAGCGACAUUCAGUGUAUUGAACGGCUGCCGGUCAAGGUUUAUAAAUUGCCAGACAGUGUCUCCAUGACCGUGCUGACUCAGACCGGUUCGAUGGUGGAGGGUUCAACGUAUCAAGUGCAGUGUGACGUUACAAAUGUCGCGCCGGCACAGGACCUCACUGUGUACUGGCACAAGGGGAACAAGGUCCACUCGGAGACAUUCAAGGAGCCCAUUCAGUCUCCGGUCAACAAGUCAUCCGUCUACUUCAUGAGGGUCAACAGAGAAGAUAACGGAGCUCAGGUCUGGUGCGAGGCAAAGCUCAACGUGAUGCCGACGGGAGCCGAACUGCCCACGACUAGGUCCAAGGCACAUUCAUUGACCGUACUGUACGCGCCCACUUUCAAAAAGCCUGAAAAUGAGACACUGGAGGUUCCGGCGGAGAGAAAAGUGAUGUAUUUAGACUGCGCGGCGACAGGAAACCCGCCGCCCGUCUACAGCUGGCGUUUCCCUCAGGCCUUAGAGCAGAUGGACAAGUUCAAAAAUGACAAGCGACUCGCCCUGGACAAGUUCCUUCAGUUUCCGGGGACGUAUGCCUGCACCUCGUCCAACAGCCAGGGAAUGAAGACCAAAUAUAUCACUCUCGUCGAACCCCCAGGGAAUCCAACGACAUUUGCAGCCAUAAUUGGAGUUUUUGUGGCCCUGGGAGUCGUCGUCAUCAUUGUCGGUCUGCUUACUCUGACGCCUAACGGCACAUUUUCGGCCUGUAAAGGCGGCUACGUCAGAGGACAACCUGCCUCAUCAGGACCUCCCUCCAGAGUGGUGGUGGGCUUCGGGGAGCCGGUGUCCGUCAGCUGCGAAGCCACUAGGCCAGUGCGUGUUCUGGGCUGGGAGUCGGUCAUCAGCGCCGCUCACACUCAGCAGGACCUGAGCGUCCAGUGGAAGGUCGACAGCCUCAUCGACUGGAUCGAGGAGCCCAUCUGUUACGGAGUGUUUUUCACUGCUCCGAGACAAUGUGAGGAGAAACUCAACCUCGUCCUCUACAAAACCCCGGACAGCGUCUCCAUCAGGCCUGUGAACCACACCGGCCCCAUGAUCGAGGGCAGAGAGUACCAGCUGCUGUGUGAGGUCCAAAACGUGGCUCCCGUCCAGUACCUCACUCUGAGGUGGUACCGGGGACAGACGGAGGUUUACAACCACUCCUUCUCUGACCUCACGUCCUCCUCGCCCGUCCAGGUGUCCUCCGUUCUCCUCGUCACGCCAACCAAAGCCGAGGAUGGAGCGCAGUACAGGUGUGUCGCGGAGCUCGAGCUUGGACCGGAGGGACCACAACCGUCUCCCGCCGUGACUUCAGAGCCUCUCAACGCCUCAGUGUACUUUCCUCCAAUGUUCCUCAGUCCUGAAACACAAGUUUUGGACAUCGCAGCGGGAGCCGACGUCUCCUUAAACUGCACAGCCACAGGAAAUCCCUCCCCCAUUUACAGCUGGCAGUCGUCCCAUCCCGUGCAGCAGGAGAGGUCGGAGGAUGACGCCGUCCUGACGUCGUCCUCGCUGCCGCCGGGCACCUACACCUGCACCGCCUCCAACGCCCUGGAGAAGAAGAGCAAGCAGUUCAUACUCAAGGUCAAGACCAAAGGUGUUUGAAGUGAUCUGGAGACGAGGCGCUGGACACGUGCAGAGACGUCGGCAAACGUGUUCACAACUCGACAGAUAUUUAUAAGAGUCUGACUUAACAUCUCACGAUGAAAAAGACCAGAAUAUACUUUAUUUUGACAGUAUUUUAACAUGAACAUACUCUUUCUCAGUAGAUUAUUAUUAGUUUAGGCUUUAUGUCUUUAUGCUUCCCAUGUCAUAUCCUGUUUCUAAUUUAUAUAAAUAUAUAUAUAUAUAUUAUUUUCCUAUCAAUACAUUUAUCUUGUAACAUAAGCGAGUAGCUGCACAAUAACAUAGAAACCACUGAAUGUUAAAGAUAAGCAGAUCAUUCCUGUAAAUAUCAACUGUUUCCUUUAAUGUCUUUAUGAAUAAAAUUAAAUUAAAAACGUU